AUCCAGCUUGCACAUCCAACGGAACCAAUCUACUGCAACUGUUCAGCCGAUAGAAACAGUACACCGCAAACAUGACUUCCACGAAGCACACGAUCGUCCUGCUGGUCGCUAUGUUGGUGAUUAUUCACGAGGCGUUUGGAGUACUCGAGGACACGGACAAAAACAUUCUGGGGCUGAACUUACCCUACGGAGGAGGGCUGGACAACGAACUACAGCUUGCGAGACGUUUGCUGCUGCCGCAACGUUUUUACUAUCCUAAACGCAACUCCGAGCUAAUCAACUCGCUCCUGGCCUUACCGAAGAACGUCAACAACGCUGGAAAAUAAACAUUGUCGUGAAACAACAAUGCUUCGUCUUGUACGUUUUAAAAAAGAUCUCUGGAGCUUGUAACGUAUUGAGCUUAAUAAAUGUAAAAGUAUAGGUAACUG